CGCGCUGCUAGCUCAGGGCUGGUCUUUGACCGAUGACGGCCUGUCGACCAUGAACGCUGAAAGCGACAUCGAACUUGUGUCUUCUUCUUCGCCCAUGGAUAGAGGCCUUCCUCGUCAUCUCAACGACGAGGAGUUCGCACGUCUGAGCAGACGCGUCGUGCUCAAACUCGAUCUCCUCUUACUCCCCUUUUUAUGUCUGCUAUUCUUACUGAAUUCUCUGGACAAAUCCAAUGUCGGCAAUGCUGAAUCAGGUCAUUUCACUGAAGACUUGGGACUACCCAAGUCCGCACUGAACGUGUCUGUGGCGUGGUUCUUCGCAGUCUUUGUAUCCUGCCAGCCGAUCGGUGCAUAUUUCGGUCGCAAGUAUGGUAUGGCACGAUGGGUCCCAGCAACCAUGAGCUUGUGGGGAGUUUGCACAGCUCUACACAUCGCGGUACAGUCACAGGCCCAACUAGUGACUCUCAGAAUAUUGAUCGCGAUACUGGAGUCAGGGUUUUACCCAACUGUUGUUAGCUAUCUGAGUCUUUGGUACACACGAUAUGAAUUUGGUAAGCGGUUAGCUUUCUUUUACGGUCAGGCUGCGCUAGCCGGGUGUUUUGGAGGACUCCUCUCUUGGGCAGUCUUCAGCUACUUUCCUCAUGAGGAUCCCACUCCACACAUGACCAGAGCAAAAUGGAGAAGUUGGGAGGUCCUCUUCCUUGUGGAAGGUACUCUGACUAUCAUGGUGGCAUUCAUCGGAUUCUUCUGGCUACCACACAGCGCCAACGCAGCUUGGUUCUUGACUGCCGAUGAGCGCUUCGUUGCAGAAGAGAGGAUCAGAAGUGAUCAAAUCGCUGCGGCUGCUCCAAGGACUGGUCCAAAGCAGCGAUCAGAAAUGCCGGAGCGAAGAUCCUCUGAUCACGUAGAAUCGCGUCCAUCUAUGUCCUUGGAACAUGAGGAGGCCGAUUACUUACUUCCUGGAGCGGAAGUCACACAUCCUUCGGAGCGUCGACCGAGCCACUCCUCGACCUUAUCUGUGACGGCGGACAGCGGAGUAUCGCGCGAGGACAUCUUCUCUGCCGUGGCCGACUGGAAGGUCUGGUAUCUUCUGAUCUGCAACAUUCUAUCCGCGAUUCCAGCCACCGCCUUUGCCAUCUUCUUACCGCUUGUCAUCAAGGGUAUUGCUGGACGUGAUGACUUGGGCCCGGCUGCCAUCAAUCUCCUUGUGGUGCCUCCAUUCCUAGCUGGUGCCAUAGUCCUAUGGGUCUUUACCUGGUGGUCUGACAGGAAGCGUGAUCGUAUGGUACCAAUCUUAUACGGACUCGCCAUCUUGCUUGCUGGUCUGGCAGCCACAGUCGCGCUGCCUACGAGUGCCUACAAACUUCGCUAUCUGGCCUUGAUGGUCCUCUUAUCUGGCUCAUUCUGUGCCUCACCUCUCACGGUCACAUGGCUGAGUAACAACGUACCCGAGCCUGGCAAACGUGCCAUUGUACUUGGAAUCAAUGGAUGGGGCAAUUUCGCUGGCGUUAUAUCGAGCAUGCUCUUCGCGCCCAGGUUUGCUGAUGAUGGCUACAUCAUCCCAUUCUACAUCACUCUGGCCUGUGUCCUGGCCGCCUUUGUUGGUUACCUCACUUUCCGGGCUCUAAUUGUCGCCGAGAACCACCGGCGAACACGCAUUGUAGCCAACUGGGAUGAUGAGGAAAUCAGACGAGAAGCCAUGUUCGGAGAUGGUGCUGUGGUCGAAGAGAAGCCCUUUUGGGCAUUCACCAGAAAGGCUUGCAGACUAGAUAGCUUGCGCGAUUGGGCUGAGAUCGAUAGGUCACGGCGAGGAGAUGAAAAGCUCACCUUUCUAUACAGUCUCUAAACAGCGACAUCAAGUUUAUACCGCCUAGUUCUACGAAAUACUGAUCCGUACAUCGUGAGUCCGAUAGCAUAUUCCCA